AUUAUCCAAGGACUUGAUCAGUUUUGUUUGAGGCAGGUCUUCUUUCGGGAUACUCCUUGUAUGUUGUAGGGUGGGGGCUGACUACCCCGGGGGGUCCGUCUCGGUGUUCCACACGGUGGGUUGGUACACCGAUCUCGAAAAUAACGAACUAGAACGAACUAACCAUCCAAGCCAACAAACAACCCAUUCACAAUACACCUUCGACAUCAACAAACAAGAUGGACAACCAAUUCUCAGCCCAUCAUCAAGCCCAGAACAACAGCUCAUCAACUCGACCAGCACCACAGCAGCACAACCGAUCAAACUCACUAGCAUCCCGUCUCUCCACCCGGCAACCAGAACCAGCUCAACCUAGCUCGAUCCUCGCCGGCCCCAAUAACCUACCGAUCCCAGUCAGUCUACACUCCUCCCAGCCCAUGCAGAAGAAAUCCUACAGCGCCGGACCGAUCAUCUACCCUCCCAAAUCAAACUUCGAUGCCAUCAGAGGCCGCUUCGGUCUCAAUCAAACUACCACCACCAACUACCAAUCCAGCUAUACUCCUUCCCCACACAUCUCAUCACUAGGCAUCCACAGGCGCGGUAGUAGUAAUGGCAUGGCUGGCUCGGCCCUUCAAUCCACUAGCAACAACCCUCCCUUCACCACAGCACAUCAUCAGAAGCGUUUCAGUACGAGCACCCUCGACAGCUCCUCCUAUGAACCCAACCGGCCCCCCAUCAGCGCCUCAAGCCUCAUGACCGGCAACCAUUCCUCGGCACUCCAACGUAACUCCUCCGCCAACCGUCGCCGGCCACUCUCCGUCAUCGAUCCUCCUUCUAAACUCAACCUCGAUCCUUUUCACUCUUCUCCCGAUACCCAUUAUCCAGACCGAUCUCAACUGGAACCCGUCAAUGAAAAUGGUGGACAAGACCUCAGCAGCUAUCAGUUUCGACGUGCUCACAGCUCCAAUCAAUCUCAUUCCGAAGCCGAUCAACUGAUACCGGUCGGACAAGUAGAAGAUGUAGUUGGAUUACACGGCCGAUUAAGACUGACGAAAGAUUUACCUCAAUCUCCUGUUUCGACCUACAACAAUCGGUAUUCCGGUAGUUUGAAGUUGCUCGAGUCACAGCGUCAUUUGUUACAGGCGUAUGAGUAUCUUUGUCACGUCGGAGAGGCUAAGGAUUGGUUAGAAUUAGUCUUAGAGAUGAAUCCAGCCGACGGCCCGAUACCAGCAGCCAGUCCCUCCUUACCACCCCCGCCCGGCUCACCCAUACCAUCGUCGAGCGGCGCGCCCAUUCCUUCUGCCGACCCUGUCACUCACCAACUCCACAACCUCUCCGUCACCGAAUUCGAACAGACUCUGCGCGAUGGGGUCAUCCUUGCUCGGCUCGCUCGAAGGUUCCGCGGGCGGGAACAUGUCCCUAGGAUCUUCAUUCAUCCUAAACUCCAAUACCGGCAUAGUGAUAACAUCAACUACUUCUUUCAGUUUGUAAGAUUUGUAAGAUUACCCGAAUUAUUUAUUUUUGAAUUAGUAGAUUUAUAUAAUGCCAAAAACUUACCUAAAGUGAUUUACUGUAUUCACGUUUUAUCGCAUUUGCUAGCUAAACGAGGAAUGGCUGAACGAAUCGGGAAUUUAGUUGGAAAACUACAGUUUUCAAAUGAUCAAUUGGAACAAACAAACGCCGGACUAGUUGGCAAAUCGAUGCCAAACUUUGGAGACAUCAACAAAGAGCUAGCCAAAGAAUGUAAAGAAGAAUUUGAAGUUGAAGUCGAAUCAGAGGCCGAUCGGAUCGAUCGAGAAUUAACCGAUCUACUUCCCGAAGUAAUUGGCUUUCAAAGUCAACUCCGUGGUUACCUUUCACGUGUUCAGCACGAUGUCCUACUUGCAAGACUUGAAGACCAUCUACCUACCACAAUCGCGUUGCAGGCCACCCUGCGCGGUUAUCUACAACGUUCAUCAGGUGCACAGUUGUCGGCCGACCUUUCGGACAAUAUUCCACGGAUCGUCGGAUUUCAGGCUGCUGUUCGUGGUGCCCGAUGCCGUCGGAAAUGUCGAGCAGCACUCAAGCUUAGAAAAGAACUUGAUAUUUGGGCAAUUGCUCUACAAGCCGCCAGUCGUGGCCGAUUAGCUCAGCGUAACUUUUCGAAACUGUGUGGUACUUUGGGAAAACUAGAUUUCUUGUGGACGGCCCUCCAGGCUCAUGCCCGAGGAAGUCUGGUACGGGCUCGUCGGACGAGGGUGAUGAGCUCUGCAAUCGAAUGUGAACGGGCUUUCACCGGUGUUCAAGCGCUCGUUCGGGCUCGUCUGAUGACCCAGGCGAUCCGGGAACAUAAGAAACAACUCGAGACGGUCGAGGUGGCCAGUUCGGUGGUCAGAGUGCAGUCGCAAAUCAGAGGCCUCCUGGAACGACGGAGGUUUUUCGAGCCGAUCCAUCAGCUCGAUCGCCAUGAGUCGGCGAUGGUCGAAUUCCAAAGUCUGAUUCGGACCCGGCUCGUCCAGGCAAAACUCGGCAAGAUGGUCUCUGAGCUGAUGGCCAGUGAGCAAGAUGCGAUCCCGUUCCAAUCGGUCUGUCGAGGAGCACUCAGUCGAAGAGCCCUUUUGCACUUCAUCCAAUCCUUGCAAGAAUGUGAGGGCUCGAUCACCGCCUUCCAAGCCUGUUGUCGUAAGACCCUUGUCCGCAGAUCAUAUGCCGCCAAGGCCAAAGCGCUCAAUCGUGUCGAAGUGACUCGGUCGGUAGGCGGGCUUCAAGCCUUCGUCAGGGCCGGCUUGAUCCGUAAGAAAAUUGUCAAUCAGAAAAAGGAGCUCGAUUUCAUCCAGCCCGAUGUGCUCGGCAUCCAAGCCCAAUGUCGUGGUAUGCUGGCCCGACUCGAAUGGCGACCUUGGUUUGCACACGUACAUUCUUCCAUACCCACCGCUAUCUUCCUCCAGAGCUUGACCCGGGGCUUCUUGGUCCGACGCCAGUUUUUUGAAAGAUUGAUGCAUUAUCAUAAUCAAAUGGACAAGGUCAUCAAAGUCCAAUCUGUCUAUCGAUCUCGUCAGCAAGCGUCUCAAUACAAAGCUUUGACCAGACGGACAAAUGUGCCGAUCUCAGCCAUCAAAGCCUUCCUUCAUUUGCUCAACGAUUCCGAUUCGGAUUUCCAAGAGGAGAUCGAGCUCUCGAGGCUAAGGACGGAGGUAGUUCGAUUGAUCCGAGACAACCAACAGUUGGAUGGACAUGUAAAUGAGCUGGAUACGAAGAUCGCUCUGCUGGUGAAGAACAAGAUCACCCUGGAUGAAGUCCAACGGACCAGUGGAGGCGGAAGCGGGGGGACCCGACGGAGGAAGGAUCUCAGCUAUCGUAACUCGGUCCUGGCGGCUGCCAACGACCCGUUUGCGAUCGUCUCCUCACUGGGAGGCGGGAACCUCAAUGGGUCAUCCUUACUGUUCGACAAGGCGACGAAACGGAAGCUAGAGAUCUACCAAGAAUUCUUCUACCUCCUGCAAACUAAGCCAGAGUACCUCUCCCGUCUCUUCUUCAUCAUCAAGAACUUGCCCUCACUCCCGCCAAAUCCGGAUGCCCCCAUUCAGGACCCUCCUCCACCUAGAAGACCAGUUUUGGUGACCGAGAAAGUCAAGAAAGUCAUUGAAGGAGUCGUCUUGACUUUGUUCGGUUACGCCCAGAUGCGCAGAGAAGAAUUCCUCCUCUUGAAGCUCUUCCAGAGAUCGAUUCAUGAGGAACUUGCUGGGGUCGUCUCUCUGUCCGAAUUCAUCAUGGGCAAAUUCACCUUUAUCAAUCUUUUGAUGCAGUACGGUCGUGGUGCUAAGGAACGGAGGUAUCUGAAAGACUUGUUGGGCUCUGUGAUCAAUGAAACCGUCAAUGAUGACGACGACCGUGGAACUAUGAACAUCGAAACUGAUCCUAUUAAGAUUUAUCGCUCGGUCAUCAACGAAGAAGAGACUCGGACCGGGAUUCAGAGCACUAGACCUCUUGACGUCAACUUUAAUGAAGCUCUGGCCGAUCAAGAAACCUUAGCUCUAUUCAUCAAACAUCUUCAAUCGUUACGAACCUUAACCGAUCGGUUCUUGUAUGCGAUCACCAGUGCCCCUCAGAAGAUGCCGUUCGGUAUUCGCUACACCGCCCGCGAAAUGUUCCGUGGUUUGCAGGUUAAAUUCCCUGGAGAAAGUGAAGAUUCCUUGGCCAAGGUGGUCCUCCAUAUGAUCUAUUAUCGAUAUUUACAGCCAGCGGUGGUGGCGCCGGAGACGUAUGAUGUUGUGGACUCGGUGAUCGGCCCGUUUGCGCGGAAGAACCUGUCGGAGGUGUCGAAGAUGUUGAACCAGAUCACUGUGGGACGGUUGUUCUCGGACGACAAUCCGUACCUAGUUCCGCUAAACGAAUACGUCUGUCAAGCCACUGAGACUUUCAUCAAUUGGUUUUAUGCUCUGGUCGAUGUCGAGGACGCGGAGAUCCACUUCGCUGUCGAUGAGUAUCUCGACCACACCGUGUCGACCAAGCCGGUGAUUUACAUCUCUCCUAAUGAGAUCUAUUUGACUCAUUCAUUGGUCAUGCAAGAUUUGGACCUUAUCGCUCCAACGCGCGACGAUCCUCUUAAGGCUUUGCUCUUGGAGUUGGGCGCCGCUCCUAGUGCUGCUUCGGCUGAACUGGAUCAUGCUCGUGCUGGAGAGAUCGCAUUGCCUUUGCAAAACAAAUUGACAGUCAAAGGAGAUCCAGAAGCGGAUGUGAAAGCGCUAUGGUUAAAAACAAAGCGAUAUGUCUUGGCGAUGUUAAAAGUGCAACCGGGGGUGACGCUCUUGGAUGCCUUUCUAGCGCCGGUGACCGAAGAACACGAGCUCGAAUGGGCCCGGAUCGUCUCGGAUGAAAUCGAGUCCGAGCGCAAUCGGAAACGAGACUCGCCGGCUAUCUUUUCGUCGGACCAAAAUCAUUCAUCUCAUACUUUGGAAGACGUUCAUUCUCUUUCUUUUCAGGAAUUGAAGGCUAGGACUUUGGAAAACGUGUUGGCUCUCGAGAAGAGAGGCAAAUUAGAUCGAAACGAUAAUUAUCAGGGCAUCUUAGAUUCCUUAGCCAAUGAUAUUCUACAACGGAAUCGGAAAAGGAUUCAACGAAGGAUCGACAGUUCAGUGCUAGUAAAUACGCUCAUGAAUCUGAAAGACAAGCAAAAGUAUCUGGAAGAUCAAGAGGCACAGUAUCAUAGUUAUAUCUCCGAUUCGAUGGCUGCUAUGCAGAAAAAGGGCGGGAAUAAGAAGCGCUUCAUCAUGCCUUUUACGCCCCAAUGGCAUCAUGUCAGGACACUUGAAAAGCAAGGCCGAAAACCGAAGUUCGGGUCGUACAAGUAUUCGGCUCAAAGGUUGUAUGAGAAGGGAAUCCUAUUAGCAGCCAAAGAAUUCUCACCAAAACAAUUCGACAAGUUGUUUAUCAUCAUCAGUUGUGAUGAGGUUGGGAUCUUCAAAGUGGAGGUCCGAUUUAUGGACAAGUUAGUGAAAGGUAAUAGUAGUAGUAAUACUUCGAGUCAUCAGAACAGCCAGCAGCAGCAGUUAGGUGCUAGUAGUAGUCAUGCAGGGGUCCAUAAGGACGGGAUCGACGAGCUGAGGAUGGAGGACUUGCUCGAAGAUCAGUUCUCUGGUAAACAGUCCCUCAACCUCGAGAUCGUUAAACUUAAUUUGAACCUCUUGCUGCAUUUGAUCAAUCGAAAGUUUUAUGUUUGAUCACAU